UGUUGUCUAUACUUAAUCUGGCGCUCCAAAAUUUUUUGUUUUUUUAAUAUUUGUAUUUCGAUAAUGAUUGAGUAUGAAUAUUUGCGUGAAUGAAAACCAUGAAUACGUUGUUAACAUUUCAAAACGAGGAUGAAAUAAGAUUUCAGAAAAAGGAAAAAACAUUUAUUCACAAACAAAUAUAUGAAAUUCUCUGUAAAUGAUCAUAAUGAUGAAAUAUUUAUAAAAAAUCAACAUCAGUGUAAAAUAAUUCGUAGAUUAUGAAUAACCAGAAAGCACUCAGAAUGUCAGGAUCCAAAACUGUAUUGAUCGACGAUACAGAAAGGCAUUCGAAGAAUGCUGAAUCACCCAAAGAAAUAAAAAUCCUCUGUUUUAAUCUAAGUCACUGCAGUGUACAGACUCAGCUCUUUUUUUGCUGCAUCGGUGUCUUUUUUUUCUACAUCCUCUACGGAUAUUUACAGGAAUUGAUAUUUUCUUUAGACGGAUUUAGACCGUUUGGAUGGUACCUAACACUCAUUCAAUUUGCCUAUUAUGCAGUAUUCGGUUGGAUAGAAUCGAGAAUCAGAGGAAUUACUCGUAAAAUACCAAUUAGUACUUAUCUAUUAUUAGCAGUUUUAACCCUAGGAACCAUGGGUUUUUCAAAUUCUUCAUUAGGAUAUCUGAAUUAUCCUACUCAGGUGAUUUUUAAAUGUUGCAAACUAAUACCAGUACUGAUAGGCAGCAUUGUGAUACAAGGAAAGAAAUACGGAAUAUUAGAUUUUGCAGCAGCCACUGUAAUGUGUUUAGGACUGAUUCUUUUUACUCUAGCUGAUAGUAUGAUAUCGCCUCGAUUUGAUAUGAUUGGUGUGGCAAUGAUAACCAGUGCUUUAGUUUGCGAUGCCCUUAUAGGAAAUAUUCAAGAAAAAGCAAUGCGACAACACAAAGCGACUAAUACUGAAGUCGUACUCUAUUCUUACAGUAUCGGUUUUGUAUACUUACUUUUAAUCCUAUUAUUGACCGGAGAUAUUGGAACAGCAGCAUCCUUUUGCACACAGCAUCCUUUGGAAACCUACGGAUACGCUCUUCUCUUUUCACUUUCUGGCUACCUCGGAAUCCAGAUUGUUCUCACCCUGGUCCAGAGUUGUGGGGCAUUUGUAGCCGCAACGGUGACAACUUGUAGAAAAGCAGUGACUAUAGUUAUUAGUUUCCUAUUUUUUUAUAAACCUUUUACAAUUCAGUAUCUGUGGUCUGGACUUUUAGUUGUUUUAGGAAUUUAUCUAAAUAUCUACAGCAAGCAAAACGGAUCCUCGAAAAUUGGCCUCAGGGAAAUAUUGAUUGCUUGUAGAAAAUGUUGGAAGAAACACAACCGAAUUCAGAGGCAAUUGAUGACAAAUGUAUGAAGCUGAAUUUUUAGAAAUCGAUCAAUUUUUUCGGAAAUUUAUUGUUAUUUUUUUUUGUUUGGAAAGCUUGGAGACUGAAAAAUUGUUUUAAUUUAUUCAAAUUUCACUGGUAAGAUGCUAAUUAGUAGAUAGAGAAACACCAAAUAAA